AAGUGCCAUACCACAGAUAGGGUCUCCUUUAAACUCGCGAUAAGUUGCUGCAUGCUGCCUCUUGGGUAAACCCAAACACGACAGGCCCAAAGAACGCCAAUUUCUGCUUCCAACGAUCACCUACUCUCGAAGCUUGUCCAGCAGCACGCGCCUAUCAACCAUACCCCUGAAUAUGUCCGUAGACAAGUCCGGACCAGGCCUCUGCCUGAUCGCAGCCAAGAUCACCGAACCUCACCUUCUGUCAGCACGCCAGCUCUCCAAAUGGUACGAGGAAUGCCACAUUCCACGCCUGAUGGCCACGGGAGGCUUCUCGUCCAUGCUGCGCGGCGCGGCGGCCGACCUUGACAACGGCGCGUACCCAUUUGUGUCCAUCUACGCGAUGCCCGACAUCAGCUUCGCCAACUCGCAGGCGUUCAAGCUCAACAUUGGACCUGACCACCCGGUGGACCACGAACUGUAUCCCUUGCCUGACGGUGCGAAGAUAAGCGACGUGGUAGAGAUCGACUUCCGUAUUUACCGGCGUAUCACCGACUGCCACGCCGGCGGCAGAGUUUCCAAUGAGAUCAAGGCAUUUGCUCUGGUUGAGGGCGACGCUCGCGACUCCAGCCGCUCAGAAGCAGUGAGCAAGGUCGAGUUCGAACAAGGUUUCGUGCCGUUCAUCAAGACAAUACCAUCCGCAGUACAUUGGGAGCGCUAUGUCCUCGAGAUGGAGUGGUGGAGCGCAGGUGGCUGCCUGUACAACCGGGACGCUCUCGACUUUUACGGCUUCGCCGAGGAGGAACCCGAUUACGCCGGCAACUUCGAAAAGUUGAUGGCCCACCCCGGCGCCCCUCGGCUGGAGGACUUCAACUUUGAGAUCAAGACGUAUAGGACCAUGUACACGCAGCAGGCAGAUCAUGUCAAAUAAAGUGCCGGUCCACUGGGACAUUUGUUUUCGCCAUGGUCGCGUUUCAAUACACAUCGCUCAAACACCCAUAUUACACGAACCUCCGCGCCACGAGCUC